AUGUCUGGACUGUUGGGAGUCCGAGUGCUGCUGCUGUGGAGCUGCUUCUGCCUCUGGUCAGGCCUGGCCUCGGGGGCUCUGGUCAUCUCCAGGGACGAUGAGGAGCCACAGGAUUCAAGGACAUCUGCCAGAUCACUGCAGAAAAGAAGCACUAAUGAGAUGAUGGUGGAGGUACACAGUGUGAUAGUGGACUGCACUGUGACGUCUCGCUUUGCCCACACCGUCAUGACCUCCAAGGCCUUAAACAAAGCAAACGUGUCCCAGGAAAUAUUUUUUGAAGUGGAGAUGCCGAAGACCGCAUUCAUCACAAACUUCAGCAUGGAAAUUGAAAAUCGGUUCUAUGUGGGAGAGAUUAAGGAGAAAGAAAAAGCAAAGAAACAAUAUGAGAAGGCCGUUUCCUCUGGUCAGACAGCUGGACUGGUUAAAGCCUCUGGAAGAAAAAUGGAGAAGUUUUCAGUGUCCGUCAACAUAGCAGCAGAAAGUAACGUGACUUUCAUUUUGACGUAUGAGGAGCUCCUCCAGAGGAAACUGGGCCUCUAUGAGAUUCUGACUCGAGUUAAACCCAAGUCUCUCGUCCAGGAGUUCAAGAUUGUAACAAACAUAUAUGAGCCUCAGGGCCUCUCCUCUGUUGAUGCCCACGCAACCUUCCUGUCCAAUGACUUGCUCCCCCUGGUGGAGAAAACUGUCUCAGACAAAAAGGCACACAUCUCUUUCUCACCAACAAUAGACCAGCAAAGAAAGUGUCCGGGUUGUGACGGGACACUGAUUGAUGGAGAUUUUAUCGUUAAGUAUGAUGUGAAUCGAGAGAAGAACCUCGGGGACAUUCAGAUUGUGAACGGAUACUUUGUGCACUUCUUUGCUCCACCAGUCCUCCCAAGAGUGCCAAAGAAUGUGGUGUUUGUCAUUGACAGGAGCGGAUCAAUGACUGGAAUGAAGAUGCAACAGACACAAGAGGCAAUGCUGGCCAUCCUCAAAGACCUGGACGAAGAGGAUCACUUUGCUCUCGUCCCGUUCGACACUGUAACUGAAGUCUGGAAGGAAUCACUCACCAAAGCAACCAAGCAAAAUGUGUCUGAUGCCAUGAACUAUAUCAAGACAAUAGAUGCCAGGGGAUCAACACGCAUGACUUCUGGAGUAACAAAAGGAAUAGACAUGCUGAAAAAGGCCCGACAGGAGAACAGACUCCCUGAGAGAAGCACUGAUAUGAUCAUUUUACUGACUGAUGGGAUGCCAGAUCAUGGACUAUCUUAUGUGCGGUCGAAUGUUGCCUCGGCCAUGGGAGAAAAGAUGUCACUGUACUGUUUGGGAUUUGGAAAUAAUGUGGAUUACAACUUUCUGGAUGUGAUGAGCAAAGAAAACAGAGGAAUGGCUCGUAGGAUCUAUGAAGCUUCAGAUGCAACACUGCAGCUCCAGGGCUUCUAUGAAGAAGUAGCCAGUCCUCUGCUUUUAGAUGUGGACCUGCGGUAUCCUGACAAUGCAGUUGACUUCCUGACCACCAACAACUUUGCCCAGUUGUUUAAUGGCUCAGAGAUCGUGGUGGCCGGGCGGCUGACAGACAACAACCUGGAUAACUUCUUAGUAGAAGUGCUCGGCCAGGGGUUUGAAGGAGACUACAAGGUGGAAGGCCAGGCCAGUGCUCUGGACUGGACAGCAAUGUACCCGGAUGAUGAGUACAUCUUCGGAGAUUUUACCGAGCGUCUGUGGGCAUACCUCACUAUCCAACAGUUACUGGAGAAGAGCAAAACUGGUGACUCAAAUAUGAAAGCCAAUGCCACGGCCAAAGCCCUGGAAAUGUCCCUGAAGUACAGCUUCGUAACCCCUCUCACCUCCAUGGUGGUCACCAAGCCUGAGACUGAGGACGGAAAUGCUGACCCUGUCAUCGCUGACAAGCUGACCGAAGCCCAGAGACAAAUGGCAGAGAGAAUGGGUUAUCGCUACCAGAGUCCUCCAUCAUAUACAAAUUAUCGAUAUUCAGCCCCAGUUUUUGGAAUGAUAUCACAGCUGAGUUCUGGUGUUCUGCUGUCAUCCACAGUGGAUGGAGAUCCUCAUUUCAUGAUAGAGCUUCCUGACAGACAUGAUGCUUUGUGCUUCAACAUCAAUGACAAACCAGGAACCAUUUUUAACCUCGUCAGUGAUCCAGAAUCAGGUAUUGUGGUCCAUGGCCAGAUUAUUGGAGACAAGAAGAUUUCCCCUGACGGGACCAUGAAUACCUAUUUUGGGAGUUUUGGCAUCAUUCACCAGACUCUGGGGGUCAGACUAGAGGUGAACACUCAAGAAAUCUCAGUGUUUCAGGACAACAAGCAAGUCAAGCUGCUGUGGUCUGAUACAGCUGCUGUCAAAGGACUCAACAUGGAUCUUCUUGUGACCAAAGAUCGCAGUCUAACAGUCACACUGAAGGAUUCGGUUAAGUUUGUCAUUCUGCUGCACAAAGUGUGGGCGAAGCACCCCUACCACAGAGACUACCUGGGUUUCUACACUGUGGACAGUCACCUCCUGUCCCCUUCUGUCCAUGGGCUGCUGGGUCAGUUCUAUCAUGGGAUUGAGUAUGAGGUGACGGGGCUGCGUCCAGGAGAACACCCUGAUAAACCAGACGCCACCAUGUAUGUGAAAGGACGUGAGCUCAAUGUGACCAGAGGCUGGCAGAGGGACUUCAGCAGAGAUGUGAAGAAUGGAGAACGUGUUUCCUGUUGGUUCAUCCACAGUAAUGGGACUGGCCUCAUCGAUGGAGACGCGUCAGACUACAUAGUCUCCAGCCUUUUCACAACAGAUUGA